AUGACGCUUGUACUGGUUUUCAAAAGGUUGGUGUUGCUGCAUUAUGGUCAGUCUUUGGGCAUCCAAAAGAUCUCGUUGAAGAUUGACAAGGAAAUUCUAGCUGUGAGAACGGGCACAUCUUCAGAGCCACAGAACUCAUCAGUAGGAGCUGAAAUCCAGGAGCUGAAAAUCAAACACCAGGCACAAAAGCAUCCAGUGCUUUAUCAACCGGGGCCAGAUCAGCUGAAAAACCGCCUGCCUGGUUUAAUGAUCAAAGCAGAGCCAAGAACUGUAAGGAUACUGUGCAUUCGGUUCCAGCCAGGCAAGGUGUUGAACCGUGACAUAUGCCAGUGCCGCCGCCCCCCCCCUCCUCCUCCGCUGCCACCGCCGCCACCACCCACUGGAGCUCCGCCUCCUCCUCCUCCUCUCAGCGUUCCUCCGCUAAAUGCCGAGCCUCCCAGACUGAGGCCGGAAGAUCAGAAAGGUCGAAGUGCAUUGUUGGCCCACAUCCAACAAGGAACCCGCCUGAGGAAAGUAACCCAGAUCAAUGACCGGAGCGCCCCACAGAUUGAAAAAUCUAAAGGAGCCAACAGGGAAGGAGGUGACGCUGGAAAUACCAAAGUCAAUUCCCCACAAGGUCUCGGGGGAUUGUUUGCUGGGGGUUUUCCUCAGCUGAGACCAGCAGGCCAAAGGGAUGUAUCAGGUGGGAGGGCGGGGCCACCGCCUGUCGGAGCUCCGCGUGCAGCAUCUCCCAGGCUUCCAACCAGAGCCAUCGGCGGCCCGCUCAAUGCACCUGCGUCGCCGAAGCCCGGAAAUGCAUCAGAAUUGCUCAGUGCUUCUAGAGCAGCCCCUCCCCGCCCGAGCAUGCCUGCCCCGCCGCCUCCCCCUCCCCUCCCGCCACCUCUUCCCCCGUCCGCCUCUAUCAAGCCACCGCUCAUAUUUCCACCACCACCACCACCACCUCCUCCUCCUCCUCCUCCUCCUCCUCUGCCUUCCAUGGAAAGGCCUUCCAGGAUGAUACCCCAGGUGGCCAUCCCACCUCUGCCUUCUGUGCCACCCCCACCCCCACCCACACACAGUGAUGAACCGGUUAAGCCUCAGAUGGCCCCAUUGCAUCUGCCACCCCCUCCCCCUCCUCUCCCCAUCACAUCACAUGGUGGGAUUCCUGCUCCUGUCCCCCAGCAGGCAGGAUGUAGGGAUCAUCCUCAUCCUGGCCCUCCUCCUCCUCCUCCCCAGCCACCUCCCCCUCCUCCUCCACCCUCGCUUUAUGCCUCUCCUGUUCCCAAAUCCUCCUUGCCAUCCACACCGGCUACAGCCUCAUACAAUGGUAAUGAUCCCCCACCUCCACUUCUCCCCAAAUCCCCUAGCUUCCCACCCCAGCCUCAGAAACCCAGCAUUCAGUCCAUACCCCUUCCUCACACCCCUACAGUCUCCCAGUCAACUAUCAUAGUGCAAAAGAAGAGGCAUGGAAGAGGUCCAGGCACCAGUGGAGGGAAGCUAAAUCCACCUCCGGUUCCCCCAGCGAGAUCACCCACAACUGAACUCUCAAGCAAGAGUCAGCAAGCCUCAGCCUGGGUGACCCCCCAGCCACCGACCCCCCAGCUAAGAAAUGGAAACCUCCCCAUCAAUGAUGACUUUGAGUCCAAGUUUACUUUCCAUUCAGUUGAAGACUUCCCCCCUCCCGAUGAGUACAAGCCAUCUCAGAAAACAUACCCCAGUAAAGCCCCCCGGAGCUCUCCCUCAGGUUCCUGGAUUCAGGUAGAGGUUUCUGGGCGCAGUGCCGACGACCUCAAGAGCAGAAACUCUCAGUUACCCCUGAAAACCCUCCGCUGAGAAGGCAGAUGGGCGCAAGAGCCCACCCAGCACCAUGGCUCCUCAGUGCCAGUGGGAGAUGCUGCCCAGAACACACCUUGGACAGACCGGCUCUGAACCAAGCUCUUAUUUAUUGUAGAUAGGUGGUUUCCACGCUUCUGAUCAGUAUUGCAGUUAUCUUUUAUUUUAGCAAGUUUUUUUAAUGAUCCCUGACUCUCUUUUUAACGUUUCCUGAAAUUAGGGGGUCAUAACGGUAAGUCAUGUCAGUGCAGAGAUGAGUUUGAGGCCUUGUGUGGAUAAAGCCAGGGCUGACAGAGGACACACCUAAACUGUUGCUAAGCCAUUUUGCUCUGGUACUGUAAACACAACCGCAGUCUUAAACCUUCUUAGAAUAUGAAGCUUUUUUAAGGUGACUUUCACAGGAGUUUGUGGUCCACCCAGCCAUAGUCAUAUUCAUCAUAGCUUGUCAGUGGCAUGAUUUUUAUUCUCGUCGGACACAAUGAGCACUCAAACCAAAUAAUGCCUUACCAAAUGAGCGCAAGAGGUCCUACAGUAACUAUCAGGGCUAAGGAGCGGCACUGAAUGAAUAAGGGGACAUGUCCCAUUUUACAGUAUGUGGAUUUUAGCUGCCUGUUGUAAGUAUAACCUGUAAGGAGGGUGUGGUUAGGAUUGUUUUCUCCUAAGUGCCGGGAUGCUACUUUCAUAUCAGGUAGUUCUGCAGAUAGCCAGUCUUUGUGCCGUUGACUUUUUCUUUGUGAGCAAGGAUACCUGGGGUGCCAUUCUUCUGGGUUCCGCUCACUCCUGACUUCUCCUCUUUGCUGGGCAGCCCAGCUGAAAAACCCAACUUCAAAGCAGCAUCUUGAGGCCAGGGGGUGUCUGUCAGGCCCCCCUUGGGGCUUGUGGGACACAGGGAAAUUAGAUUAUAGACCAGAAGGUACUGAUUAUGCAAGUGCAAAUCAGAGGGAAAAGAAGCAGUAUAAGAGCAAAGGAAAAUCAUGUGCACUGAAAGAUCUUGUUUUAUCCAUUGAACGCUUGCACUUACUACAUUUGGGGUGGAAGAGUGCUCAAUAUUUGGCAUGUGAAACUUACAGCAGAGGUUUGUCCUGGAGGGGUGCCUUUGGCCUCGAGGUUCUGUCAGACACCCAAACACACAUACUAAAAGAGUGGAGGUGAACAGAAAUUUAGCAGCUGUCCCAAAUUUAGUUUAUCCAUUUCAUCCGGGGCAGGAAAUGUGUCUAUUGUUGUAUUGUGCACUCCCGAGUGCUUAGUUCAAUGCUCUGCAGAUAGUAAGCGCCUAAUAAAUACUAUUGAAUGAAUCCGAGCCACCUUUUAGCACGGUGUGGAUACCUUCUCAUUGCUCAUUCAAUAUUAUGUGAAUGCUUACUUUGUGCAGAACACUCUCCUGAGAGCUUUUAAAAUUUUCCUUCCACACGGGGAUGUGUUAGAAGAGAGACUGUUAUGCCAGAAAUGAGAAGGGAAGAGUGUUGGAGGGCUCCCCUCAGAACCUGGGGCUGAAAGAUAGAACCAGCAUGGUAGUAAAAAUAGUAUUUAGUAAGUGCUUGCUAUGUGCAGAGCACUAUACUAAGUGCUGGAAGACAACAUACAGAUGGGAAUUAGGGUACAGUUUCCUAGAUUGAUAUCAGUCUUUUGGGGCUAGUUUCUCCUGACCACUUGCAGAAUCUAGCAGCCCUUUUUCUGUUGAAAUGCCAUGAAUGGUGUGCUCAGACCUUUGACAGUGAGAAGAUGGAAAACCUGAAAGGCCCCAGAAGCUGCUCAGGGAAAGUCACGAGCAGAUGAGCAGAAGGGCUAGCACCUAGGCUAUGGAAAAGAGGAUCUUUUUUUGGUUUGUUUUUAGAAAGCUGCAUUGCCCUUGCUAUCACCAAAUAGCUAUUCAGCCCCCAGCACCCCCGCAAAGAUGUGGACUCUGGACCCGAUAAUAUUAUCAUAUUCCCCAUCUGCCUCUGGCAUUUCACUUCCUCCCCUCUUCCAGCUCACAGCCAUUCUGAAACCUUUUUAUGUAGAGGGGAAGAAGAACCUUUGUCUUAAUGCUAUAACCACUGCCAAAUAAUAAACAGUAAAAUCUCAUUCAGUCAGAAUAGACAGAGAAGAGUUGGAGGGAAAAUCCUGUCAAAAUUAGUGAAAAGUCCAAACUGUGGGGAAAGGGGACUGACUAGUAUUUACUCACCUGUCAGUAAGAAAAACUAUAUUUUAUGGUAUCGGGCUGUUCUCUCACUUCAGAGACACAUAAACUGAGACAAGAUGCACAGAGUUACUGACACACAUAUUCACCCACAUAUUUUAAAAGAUUGUUCUACAGGGGAUGUGUGGUAGGUCUGUGCCAGAAUAGUAACAGGAACAGUAGCACCCCUUGGGAAUGAGCCCAGAUUCACUCUUGUUCUAGCUGGGCCUCUCUUCUGGUUUGUUUCAGUGUACAGGCAACAAAGACCAGUGGUGAAAGUGGAUUAGUUUGGGCCCUGAUUUCCAUCCUGUGCCAAGAUGGAGGUCCCAGCCCAACUAGGAAAGGAAGCAGUAGAGGACAGUCCACCAAAUGAAUGUGAAAGUUUAUUCUUGCUAGCUAGCCCAGAACUUUCCUUUGUUUGAGAAUUAGAACCUUUCAUUGACUUUAAUCCCUCAGUUAGCUCAAGGGUGGGCUAUAGUACCACUCAUACCUCCCUCUUUGAGUAAAGCUAUAACCAGAUUAUAAUUGGGGUGUGGAAUUUUAGGGUUUUCUCUAAGAAACUUUUAAGGUUUUCCCUAGAAUCCCAAUUUUUGCCACUGAAUCAUUUUCUAAUUUUUUAUAAACUUUCAUUUUGAGGGUUUGUUUUUAACACUUUCACUAGCACAGUGGCUUUAAGAUAAUUUAUGAAUCCUAAUUCUGCCAUGGUUGAUGUAAGCCAAUUUAGAGCAUAUUCAUGACAAAUUAUCACUAUUGCCAUGGUAGAAAGUCCAGAAUCUGCAUAGUUUGGAAUGUGACAGGUGAAAUGUGGUGACUUUUAAACUCAAUGCUCACUUUUAAAUUCAAUGCUUUUUCUUAGUUUUCCCUUUUUAUUUUAAAUCUCUGGAAUUUCCUCAGGAAGCUGAUAUCUGCAGUCAGUUUUGUCUUUCUUCCUUUGGAGUGCUUCUCCUUCCAACUCUGAGCCCUUAAAUCAAAAUUUGGACAUUACCAAAUUUUGAAUUGUAGCUUGAGUUCCAUUGAGUUCCAGUUCUAAAUGAAGCAACGUUGCCUUAACAUUGCAGUGUGUUGUUAGGUAGCAGUGGUAUCCAGGGAAUCUAUUAAACAUUUGCAAAUGCCACAGAGGAGUGAUAUGAUAGAAAAUAAUAGCUGCCAUAAAGGUGUUGUUGAAUGUUUGUCAUAAAAGUGAAAGCUAAAUAAAUUCCCAAAUGUAAACCCAAUUUUAAACAAAUGAAAAAACCUAAUUAUCCCCAAAUUAUGUAAUUAACCAAAAAACCCAAUUCCCUUGUUAGUGUAUAUUGUAUGAGUUAUGCUAAAUUCUGAAUUAAUGGGCCCUGAAUCAAUGAGGUUUCACUUAAUAUUUUUAUUGGUGUUACAUGUGUGUAUGAAGAGAUGUAUGUGCCUGUGCAGUACAUUUAGAGGAGUAAGAUGUCUCCUUUUUCAUGUUUUGACCCUCAUCUCUAGCCAGAUAUUAUCAGAGCUAGUGAGGUCAACAUUCCCCUCUGGUGACAAGGCUGUGUAGCUAAGCCCCUUAACUGCUGUUGAGAUUCCUGUUCAUAUGGCCCAACACCUCUACAUGUCACUGUGACUUAUUUUAAAUAUGCUCACAGGAAUCCCAAAAUGGCAAACUGUGUUAUAGCCUAUUUUUCCAGUCUUGACAGGGUAAUCACCAUAAAGCUUUCUCCAUUGUGAUAAAAGGACCCUUGACAAAGGAAACCACACUUUCACAGCAGACUAAUUUCAUUAGUACAGGUUAGUCACACCGUGCUGCUCUAACAUACUAUUGAUGGUGAUUUUUAAAAGCUGAAAGGGUCUGUUCAAGGUUAAAGUGAAGGAAAGAGCAAAAACCCUAAUGGAGUAGAAAUUUUUGGAAAUUGUCUCUUCAAAUGGACUGAAAUGUGAGUUUUCUGAGCUAGUUAUAAGUGCAAAGCAUUUACUUAGCUUUGGCCAUUAAACGUUAAAGAGGCAUAUACAGAGGAGUCUCAGCAGCAGCAGCAUCGAUGAAGAUUUUCCCUAUGAAUAGUCAAAUAGCUUGAGCCUUGUACAGCUGUAUUUAAUAUGGAUUUUGUAUUUAUUGGUGUUUAUCGGCGCACAUCAAUUUCCUUUGUACUUAAACUGUAAGCAAUAAAUGGAAAUACCCCUCCUG